AUGCCGAACUGCAGUUAUGUCAUGACCUUGUGGGACAUUGUCGUGCUGUUUUAUGGCUCUGGGUUCUGUGUCAUCUCCACUUCUCUCCAUGAACAAGGCAUGCAGUAUCUAGGCAAUGUACACUAUCUCCAGCGGGCCAUUCUAGUGGCCCCUGGCAUUCCACCCACUCUCAAAGCUGCUGGCAUGGUUCCCCGUACUCAGGACUGGCUGAGUAAGUUUGGGUAUCUCCCACCCCCUGACCCAGUGACUGGACAGCUCCAGACCAAGGAGGCCCUGACCAAAGCCAUCAAAGCUAUGCAGAAGUUUGGAGGACUGGAGGAGAGCGGAGUGCUAGACCAAGCCACCCUGGGCCUGAUGAAGACCCCGAGGUGUUCCCUCCCGGACCUGUCUGAGACCGAGGCGGUGGUGGGCCGCAGGAGACGAGCCCUGACGCCCCAGAACAAGUGGAGCAAGAGACACCUCUCCUGGAGGAUUCGUACCUUUCCUAAAGAGUCUCCUCUGUUGGGUCGAGAUACGGUACGAGCUCUCAUGUACUACGCCCUCAAGGUCUGGAGUGACAUCUCCCCCCUCAACUUCCAUGAAGUUGCUGGCAACGACGCAGACAUCCAGAUCGACUUCACCAAGGCCGACCACAACGACGGGUACCCUUUUGAUGGGCCGGGAGGCACCGUGGCACACGCCUUCUUCCCCAGAGAGAGGUUCACGGCCGGGGACACCCACUUUGAUGAUGAUGAGGCCUGGACCUUCAGAUCACCAGACUCUCACGGGAUGGAUCUGUUUGCGGUAGCAGUGCAUGAGUUUGGUCAUGCUAUUGGCCUGGCCCACACCUCAGCAAUAGAGUCCAUCAUGAGGCCGUACUACCAGGGUCCUGUGGGGGACCCACUCAAGUACGACCUCCCUUAUGAGGACAAGGUCCGCGUCUGGCAGCUCUACGGGGUGAGAGAUUCAGUGUCUCAUACGACGCGUCCUGAUGAUCCCUCCCAGACCGCUGACCCACCUGUACUACUGGACCUCCCUGAGAACAGAUCUACUGUCCCGCCGGCACGAGAUGCCCCUAACAGGUGCACAAGUCACUUCGAUGCAGUGGCCCAGAUUCGUGGAGAGGCCUUCUUUUUCAAAGGGAAGUAUUUCUGGCGUCUGACGCGGGAGAAGCACCUGGUGUCUCUGCGUCCGGCUCAGACCCACAGGUUCUGGAGAGGCCUGCCUACCAACCUGGACAGUGUGGACGCUGUCUACGAGAGACCUGGGGACCACAAGAUCGUCUUCUUCAAAGGACUAAAGUAUUGGAUAUUCAAGGACAACAACGUGGAGGAGGGUUAUCCUCGGCCAAUCAGUGACUUCGGCUUGCCUAUGGAGGGUGUAGACGCGGCCUUUGUGUGGCUCCACAAUGACAAGACCUACUUCUUCAAGGACAACCGCUACUGGCGCUAUGACGACCAUCUACGGCGUAUGGAUCAGGGCUACCCAAAAGACAGCACACUGUGGAAGGGGAUCCCGUCCCCACUAGACGACGCCAUGCGAUGGUCUGACAGCUCCUCAUACUUCUUCAAGGGGAAGGAGUACUGGCGUGUGGUGGGCAGCGAUAUGGAGGUGGAGGCUGGGUACCCACGGUCCAUAGGAAAGGACUGGCUGGUGUGUACAGAGAUGCAGUCGGACUCCCCAGCCACAGAGGCCAAUAACACGGCUAACACGCGGCUACACGGGCAGCACCACGCCGACCACGCCGAAAACGGCUACGAGGUGUGCUCCUGCACCUCCAACUCUGCCUCGCCCUUGGGAGCCCAGCCCUCCCCCUCCCCCCUCUGGCUACUUGCCCUCUUGACUGUCUCUGGGGUACUAUCCUACCUCCCUCUAUGAUGUAAGCAGAGGGCAGCGGCCUCACUCUGUGACAGGAAGUAUAGCAGCCAAUCUGCUGAGAGCGGGGGAGUGGCUUAAGGGGCUUUUUGCCUGGGUUCUGCCAGACCAGCUACACCAUCGAAUCAAAACAAUGACUGGAGGAUUUUUUUGUUAUUGUUAUCUUAUUUGGGAUCCUCAUUGUUAAUUUGUUUUAUUUAUUAUACCAAAUCUUUCUCAAUGUAUCAAUAUGCUUUCAAAUGAAUGAUGUUUAAAUUAUGAUACUGGAUUGAAUUAGAAAUGUGAUAACAUGACGAUAAUGGAAAUAGUAUAUCAACUUGAUGAUGAUAAUGAUAACAAGUUUAUAGCAAAAUGUCCCUCCGUGACUAAGCAGUCUAGAAGGAGAGUGGUCCUCUGGGAUGCUGUGCUCCCUGUCCCCUUGUUCGUGCAAUCACUAUAAGAGCUUUAAAGUAACUCUCCAGUGUUUUGGGGUUUCAGUGAAAUAUGACCUAUUAUUAAUUACAAUAUUAGUGAAAGUUUUCCUUCCCCCAAAAAAUGUAUUCUGUUAAAAAGCAGCUUUUCUUUGUUGGAAUGUUGUGGGGCGUGCCCCAACAACAGAAUGGUGUUGGCGUAUACCGGUCAUUAAAAAUAUUCACACGACUAGACCACUGAAUGGCUAGCUCAUCCUCCUCAGGAAGAUGACCAUCCUCUCUAAGGAAAUAACCAAGCAUUUUUUUUUUACUGUUUGAGGUUGGGUUUUUCAAGUGUUUUGCCUCCAAUGUAUGCUUUGGCCACAAAUACUAGUAUAGGAUGAGUCAACAGCAUUAUUUGCGUAUGAGUUAAAAUUCUGCUAACUUUUAAAUGUUUUUUUUUUACUGGAAAGUUACUUUAAGAACCCUCACACACACACACACACAGAGACCACUCCAUGUGUGUUUUUUACAGUCUGAGCUAGCUGGACAAAUGUAUCUGUCUCCUCUCACUCAUUCAACUGGUAAUGUGUGAGCUUGUUCUCUCACUGAGUUUCUAAUGUCAGGGCUAUCUGGAUGGAAUGGACACUACUUCCUGUAAUGACACUGACUCUCUCCCUGACUAGACUCGCGUGCCCUUUUGAGACCUUUGCCCCUGUAUCUUUCUUUUUGUUCUCAGCUGAGAUACAGUCGCACCUCCUGCCGUUAUCAGAGCGGGUAACCCAUUAGCAUUGAUUAUUAGGAUGUAUUUUUGUAAUAAGCACAGAGGGAUUGUGGUCGAGCCCUACUCGGGGAUGUGCUUGAUGGGGUUUUCAUGAUGCCUUGGUCUGGUCAGGCCAGUGGCCACUGCAGCUGGCAGCGAUACCCAGCGGUCACCCAGCUGCGCCAUUCUCCUUCUCCAUUGUCUCUCCUAACAUGAACUAUCUCUAAGGAUAGUCACCCACUCAAAACACAACUAGAUUUAUUAAUAUUGCUAAGAUAUAUUUACUUACAGUCUAUAUAUACAGAUCUAUUUGAGGUGAAAAGUUCUACGGCAGUUACAACAACAAAAAACAUGUACAUUUCUCAGCCGUCUUUUCUAAGGUGGAAUAUUUUUGUAGAAAAAUAAAGAGGGGGUAAGACAGAGUGUACUGGGUCGUGUAAUGAUUUUGUGUCACAGGGAGCCCAGGCUGAACAGAAAGAGGAGGACAAUGCGUCGGCAGCCCGUCACAGGCUGACAGUUACUUUCUUGUCUGUGUUGUUGGGAGCCAUGUUUCUUAUGUACAGGCGCAGGUUAUUGUUUCCUCGUUGCAAAACAAACCAUGCCUAUCAAACUAUGCCAAUCUCCUCCUGGUAACAAGCCAUCUGCUACAUUCAUUCCUUGUUUCAGAUCUGUUUAUUCAGGAUUAUGUGUAGUGCAUGUGUUUUGUGACAGAAUUCAGUGACUUUUGAGAAUAAGUCUGAACAAUGUUGAUUCAGUGACUAGAGCCAAUAACACUCCAGAUACUGUGUUAUUGACUCAAGGAGAAAUAAAUGUGAGGCAGACACACAAUGGCAUGAGGAUUGAAACAAACCGUUUUCCAGCAGAGGCUGAUUAGGGGAGAACGGCUCAUAAUAAUGGCUGGACUGGAGUCAAUGGAAUGGCAUCAACCAUAUACCAUUCCAUUCACUCCAUUCCAUCCGUUACACUCCAUUCCAGACAUUAUUAUGAGCCGUCCUCCCCUCAGCAGCCUCCACUCUUUUCUAGCAUUAAGAAAUGAGCACGCAGAGAAAGCAGCAGUACGUGCCGUGUGUAUUUUGCAGAUCAGAGGCUGCAACAGUUGAACUUGGGAAGAAACAGUCUGACUAAUUUCAUGGGUUACUACAUAAG